AACAAAAUACAACACGCAGUCUGUUUUAAUGUUAUACAAUAAAAUUUUACAAAAUAAUUGAAAAGAAAUAUUUUUAUAAAAACAUGUCGGCUGGAGAAGUUAAAAAAGAUGUUGUAGCUGUGGUAGUUCAUAUGUAUCCAUUGUGUAAACAUAGCGACAUGCCAGAGGAAAUAAAACAGGAAGCCAUAGAAACCUGCGUCACUGCUGUAGAAAAAUAUUCAGAAAAUUAUGAACACGCAGCUCAUAUGAUCAAAGAUAAUCUGGAUAAAAAAUUUGGACCACCUUUCCAAGUAAUUGUUGGAGAAGCUUAUUCAUGUGCAAUAACAUAUCAAGAGAAAUCAUUAUUAUACAUGUUUAUUGGAGGUAAUACAGCAGUUCUUGUAUGGAGGACAGUCUCAGAUUUUUGAUGAAUUUUCG